AUGCAGUUUCUGUAUGCGGAUGGCGUUAUGAUGACAGGGCUCCUCGAGGCUCCUUUGGGCCCGGGUGCAUAAAGCCAACCCCCUGUGCUUCCAGACCUAGUGGGUGGGUAGCAGCUAAAGGCUUUGUGGGCCUGUGAAGGGGGAGAGCGCUGUGGAGCCAGACGAACUAGGCUCACACCCUAGCUUUGCCACUGGAACGUGAACUUGGCCUCCCUCGGCUGGUCUGCCCUGCUGUCCUCUGUGAGGAGGACCUUCCCACAGGGUUCCUGAGAGCGCGGAUGACGUAAGGCAUGCAUGCUGACCACAUGUGGCGCCCUUUUGCUUUCACCUAAGGACUGGAUCAUCGCACCCAAGGGCUACGCCGCCAACUACUGUGAUGGAGAGUGCUCCUUCCCACUCAACGCGCACAUGAACGCGACCAACCACGCGAUCGUGCAGACGCUGGUUCACCUUAUGAAUCCCGAGUACGUCCCCAAACCAUGCUGCGCGCCAACCAAACUAAACGCCAUCUCAGUUCUUUACUUUGAUGACAACUCCAAUGUCAUCUUGAAAAAAUACAGGAAUAUGGUUGUCAGGGCUUGUGGAUGCCACUAACUCGAAACCAGUCGCUGGGGACACGAAUACCGCCUUGAGUGCCCGGAUGACAUCUGCCUUAAAAAACAAAAAACAUUCAGAAGCACGGCAAAGGGGAGGCAAGGCUUUGAAGCUGCCCCGGGCUGGUUGGCGCCUUACUGCCCGAGGAAGAUUUUAAAGGGCCUUGUUAAGAACUUGCUCACACAGUAAAUAACGUGGGUAGUUGCUGGUCUGCAGGAAGUGGGGUUUGGAUGUCCCAGCAUGAAGUCUGGGAACUACAGAAACAUACCUUUGAAGGGUCCCCCCCCAAAAGAAAAAGAACCCACCAAAAUUAGUUUUAGCUUUAGAUCAAGCUAUUUGUGGUGUUAGUGAGUCAACAGGGAAAAUCAUCUUAAAGGAGAAGAGUAUUCUUGGCUGAAGUCUCAGCCCGUUCUGUAGUGUCUGUCCAAGGUAGAUCUAUGUAGAUAACUGGAACUGGGGGGAAAGGCCUCUCUUCUCAGACUGCCUCUGCGCAGGGCAGUGGACGCAGGGUCAGCAGCCCGGGCCGUCCCCGGGGCUGCGCGAAGUGCCUUUUUUCUGCGCCCCUGCCCUGAGCGUUUGUGCUGGAGUUUUGUCGGUGUGCAAAUACACUUAUUUCGGUCAAACCGACCGUGUCAUUUCCACACCUCAGUCCCUGCCCCAUUAGCUGUUCCCCUUGCUAGCACCCGAAGUGGCAGGGCGGGCGUUGCGGGGAGGCCGUAGGGGGCGAGGAGUGCGGUGGGUAGCCCGCGCUGGCCGCGUACCACGGGAAACCGGUGCUGCGCCUCUUCUCUUUCGGAAUGGCUCUUGGAAAAGCACAUUAACUCCAGGAAUGUCGGCUCUAAUAUUUCACCUAUUUCAGUGAAAUGGUUCUUUGCCUUUUCCUCGACAGCAUGCCAGGUGGCGGGGUUAGAACCAACAAAGGAAACAAAAUGGGGAAGGACCCCCCCCCCCACCCCGGCCACCAGGAGAGGGUCUGGAUGGGCAUGCCCUUAUGAACCCAAAUCCCAGUUUUCUCUUGUAGAAAGGAAGACUCAGAUGAAAUCGUAGAAUAUUUUUAAAGUGUCUUUUUUUCACAAUCAUGUACUAGGAAGCCAAUUUCAUACUAAACUGAUUAAAUAAUACAUUUAUGAUCUAAAACUGUUUGCACUUACAGCUUUUUUGUAAAUAUAAACUAUAAUUUAUUGUCUAUUUUAUAUGUUUUGCUGUAACAUUUAAGAAAAGACCAGACUUCUUUUUUUUUAAAAAAAGAGUUUAUUUAGAAAGUAUCAUAGUGUAAACAAAUUGUACCACUUGGAUUUUCUUUUACUACAAGACUCAUGAUGCAAAGCUGAAGCUACUCAUGGGGACUGUGCU